UUUUCAGGAGAGAGACCAGACUCUCCCUCUGACAGUGGGAAGAGUCCUUCAGGGGAAUCAGACCCAGGGAAGAGUCCUUCAGGGGAAUCAGACCCAGGGAAGAGUCCUUCAGGGGAAUCAGACCCAGGGAAGAGUCCUUCAGGGGAAUCAGACCCAGGGAAGAGUCCUUCAGGGGAAUCAGCAGAAUCAGGCCCAGAGAUGCCCAAAGCAACAGGAGGACAUCAUCACUGCUCCCACUGUGGAAAGAGUUUUACCAAGUUAGGGAACCUGAAUAGGCAUGAGAGGACACACACAGGAGAAAAACCUUUCCAAUGCUCCCAGUGUGGAAAGAGUUUUAACGAAUUAGGGUACCUAUUAAUACAUAAGAGAAUACACUCUGGAGAGAAGCCUUACCAUUGCUCCAAAUGCGGAAUGACUUUUACCUGGUUAGGGAGCCUGAAAACACAUGAGAGAAUUCACACUGGAGAAAAUCCUUUCCAAUGUUCACACUGUGGAAAGAAUUUUACCCAGUUAGGGAACCUAAAUCGGCACAAGAGGACACACACAGGAGAGAAGCCUUAUCACUGUUCCCAGUGUGGAAAGGGUUUUAGGGGUUUAAUGAGCCUGAAACAGCAUGAGAGGACACACACAGGAGAGAAGCCUUAUCACUGUUCCCACUGUGGAAAGAGUUUUAGGGGUUUAAUGAGCCUGAAUCAGCAUGAGAGGACACACACAGGAGAGAAGCCUUACCAAUGCACCAUAUGUGGAAAGAGAUUUACCCUGUUAAAGUCCAUGAAAUUACAUGGAAGAAUACAUACGGGAGAGAAGCCUUAUCAAUGUUCCCAAUGUGGAAAGAAUUUUAGGGGUUUAGUGAACCUGAAACAGCAUGAGAGGACACACCCACAAGAAAAGCCCUACCACUGCUCCCUGUGUGGAAAGAGUUUUACCAAGUUAGAUGGCCUGACUAGGCAUGAGAGGACACACUCAGGAGGAGAUAAGACCUACCACUGCUCCCUGUGUGGAAAGAGAUUUAACCGGUUAAGGCAUCUGAAUAAGCAUGAAAGAAUACAUACACAGGAGGAGAAGACAUACCACUGCUCUCAUUGUGGAAAGACAUUUUCCCAGUCAGAGGACCUGGAAUCACAUGAGAGAAUAGAAAGACUGUGUUCUGACUUGUGUUUUUGACUGAGAAUGUGUGUUUUUGUUUAUACCACAUGAAAUAUUGUUUAUAUGAAGUCUUCAACAAAAUAGGUUUACUUAAAAAAAGUAUGUUUUAUGUGUCUAAAAUGAGAUUUAAAAGUACAUUGAUGUAUUGGAUACAAGUGUAAAGCCUUAGAUUUUCAUUUGAUGACUGGAAUAUUUGAAAAUGUUAAUUAUUAUAUAAGUAAUGUGGUGGAAAUUCUAACCAGAAAGGGAAAGAGAGACUGUAGAUUCUUCAAAUACCUUAUUUUAUGAUAAGAAUUCCAAUUGUGGAGCGGUUAACAAUCACACAACAGGUGCAACAGCCAAGAGCCCAACGAACAAGAGGUCUCUGCUUUUAGAACCUUUGUCUACGUGGCAGUUUAGCAGGUGUGUGACAUCAUGAUGGGAACAUGGCAUACAAACAAGUGAUGAUGCCAGUUUUGUUGCUCCUUUCUGCUGAUAGAAUUAUCACUGCUGCUCAAACUAGCCUCUGUUCUCUUCAUAUCUCCACACAGCUUUGACCUUGACAGAUACGAAAAGAACUAGAUGGACCAAAAACUGGUCUCUCUCUGACGGCCCUUUGUCUUUGGCCACGUGACCAAGUUACUCAGAAACAAGAGAGGAAAAACACUGGAUUCUUCUGACAUGAGAGAAACAGACAGAGGAAAUGUACAGGUUUAAGGCUCAUACAGCGCAGGUGCAUAACAAAGUUUGUAAUUUUCCACGAUAGUAAGUAAGUAGCCUUGCAGGAGCCUUGGCUUGUCUGAUCCAGAACAUCUCAUAGUAACAGGAGCCUUGGCUUGUCUGAUCCAGAACAGCUCAUAGUAACAGGAGCCUUGGCUUGUCUGAUCCAGAACAGCUCAUAGUAACAGGAACCUUGGCUUGUCUGAUCCAGAACAGCUCAUAGUAACAGGAGCCUUGGCUUGUCUGAUCCAGAACAGCUCAUAGUAACAGGAACCUUGGCUUGUCUGAUCCAGAACAGCUCAUAGUAACAGGAGCCUUGGCUUGUCUGAUCCAGAACAGCUCAUAGUAACAGGAACCUUGGCUUGUCUGAUCCAGAACAGCUCAUAGUAACAGGAGCCUUGGCUUGUCUGAUCCAGAACAGCUCAUAGUAACAGGAGCCUUGGCUUGUCUGAUCCAGAACAGCUCAUAGUAACAGGAACCUACUUCCCCUGGACAGGACUCUAGUCUAUAGAUCCUCUUAAUUUUUCACUGCUGCUCUUUAAUUAUUUUGUUAUCUUUAUUUCUCAUUUGUAUUUUUUGAAGUUAUUAUUAUUUAUUUAUUUAUUUAACUGCAUUGUUGGUUAGGGCUUGUAAGUAUUUCACUGUAAGGUGACGGUCUACACCUGUUGUAUUCAGUGCAUGUGACAUAAGAUUUGAUUUGAUAGUCUAUUAAGUUGUUAUAUAGAUUAAUGGAAUUUUGCAUUUCUUGAUUCCAACCUUGAAACCUCUUGAAUUGGAUUUGAUAUAUGAUUUGAAUAUUGCUAAAUGAAUUUGAUUGGAUACAUUUGCAGAUAAACAUAUUGGCACCGUU